CGUGGCAGUAGAGCAAACUGCUGCAGAAGCGCGCACAGACCGCAGACUCAUCAGAUAACAGCGCCUCGUUUUUUCUCGUCCUUAUCUCAUCAGAGUUUUACGUAAAGCGUGAUCUUCUUCUUUUCCAUUUCACUGUUUAAAUUGUGAAACAGCUCGUGGGUGUUUGGCCGGGACAUAGAGCGGCCACGGAGAUGUGAGCACCAGCGUCCCGGGACGUCAUCGAGGUCAGCAGUCAUCAGCUGUGGACUGUUACAUGAGAUCACUCCUGUGCCGCCUCCCCUUGUGCAUCUGCGGCUCUCGGGCACACUCGCUUUCAUUUAUAACUUUUAACAUGAACAUUAAGAUAUGCGCACUUGUUGUAAUUUGCGCCUGAUCUACUUUAAUAGCGCGUUCUGUUUUAUUUAUUUGCGAAAACCUGUUUUAAAAACCUUAUUGCGCUUCAAAGUUGCUCUCGGGGAGUUCUCGAUGGUGUUUGUUUUCCUGCGAGAAUCCACUAUUUAAAAGCGUGACACUCUUCGCAGUUUUUGCACGUCUCGUUCACGCGGAAUUCGUAACCGGGGUCUUCAGUAAUCAUGCAGCGCGAACGCCUGCUCAAAGUUUUGGUGAUCGGCGACCUGGGAGUUGGCAAAACGUCCAUCAUAAAGCGCUACGUCCACCAGGUGUUCUCCCAGCAUUACCGGGCCACCAUCGGAGUGGACUUCGCACUCAAAGUGCUCAACUGGGACCACAAAACAGUGGUGAGGCUGCAGCUGUGGGACAUCGCCGGGCAGGAACGAUAUGGCAACAUGACCCGUGUGUACUACAGAGAGGCCGUGGGUGCGCUCGUCGUCUUCGACAUGACCCGGCUGUCCACGUUUCAGGCCAUCCUUAAAUGGAAAGGAGACCUGGACUCAAAGGUUGCCCUCAGCAAUGGGAGGCUAGUUCCAGCUGUUCUGUUGGCCAACAAAUGUGACCAGCGGCAUCAUGGUUUGUGCCCCAAGCUGCCCAAACUGGAGAACUUCUCCAAAGAGUACGGAUUUGUCGACUGGUAUGAAACCUCUGCCAAGGACAACACCAACAUCGACGCUGCCAUCACAUGCUUGGUGAAAAGCAUCAUGUCUGUGGAAGAGGAGAGAGCGCUGGCUGAAGCCACCAGUGGCGCCUGUAAGGGCGAUCCAGAUGGCAGCGUUCUUGUUCUGCCUCGCUUUGACUACAACACAAAGGAGAAGGGACUCGGUGGAUGUUCGGGGUGCCUGUCAAUUAAACCGAAACAAGACCAGGACUGAAGGACUGUCUGAACCAAAAGACUGCAGGAACAUGCAGAGGAUGGUGUGGAUGACUCUACUCUCCAUCACUUUCUUCUCACUGACCUUUCCUGAGAGAAUUUAAUAGAAUUGAUGUUUCUGGGUUUUUGGGGGUUUUUUUUUAGAUUUUUCAGGAAAAAAAAUCCAUCUAAUAUUUUUAACCAAAUAAUUAAGUUGUUGUGUUUUUAUAUCGGACUCUGAUUCAAAAUGAGUUCAGUCAUUGCAGCAAUCUCUUAUUUGGAGAAUGUGACCAAUAGCACUUUUUAUGGCUUUUAAAGGAAAUUUGUCAAAAUAAUGUUUUCCCAAAAUUUGUAUUUAUCUUAUCUGCUAUUUUUAAGGUUUGUUUUUUUUGUUUGUUUGUUUGUUUGGGGGUUUUUUGCAUUGAUGCUUCUAUUGUAGCAGAGACAGUAGGUGUGUGAAAUUUGCAACUUUGUCCAACAAGUGUUUUUUAGUUUUUAGUCUUUAAAUUGCUUUGAGUUAUGACUGCUUUGUAAGUUACUACUGUUUGCCUUAGAGCAGCGGUCCCCAACCCCCGGGCCUCGGACACGUGAGUUGUUUGGUACCGGGCUGCGAGAGUUGAGGC